UCAAACGUUUUUUAUUGAUCGCAGCAACGUAAAGUAGUGGAAAUCUCUCGCUGUAGGCCAGAUCCGUAAAAAGUAGUGCAAACGUAGGAAACACAGUCGCAGUUGCGCCGAGGAGAAACAAAUCCAACGUAGUGACACCCAUUUCGCGGCCAUGCAAAUCGAUGCGUUUAGGCUUAAUAUCGUCUAAGAAUGCUGCUUAGUGAGACCCACUUCUGGACGACGCUGCGAGAUGAAGUGCGCAUCAAGAGCAACGACUUGGGCGCGUUUCGGUACAUGCGGCAGAAGGAGCAGGAUCCGGACUUGACGGCGUUGGCCAAGCGGGACUACACCGAGAGACGAAAUGGUCUGGCCGUCCUAAAAAAUAACAGUCGGAAGGCGGCUGGUCGCCUCAAGGAUAAUCUCAAGAAGCUGGAGGAUCUACUACGUCAACACAAGGUUAUCCAUUCCGAGUGGCAGGAUGCGGCACAGGUGCUGCUGCUCUUUGCCAAUGGCAUCAUUGCGCACAUUUGUGUCGACAUCUACACGGGCGACAUUCUGCGGAUGGUCUUCGAGAAGUAUCUAGUUGGCAAAUUGGCCGCCGAGGUCAUUACCGAUGCAUUUUUUACACGUUCCCACAUCGUCUUGGCCUACAAUACGAACCAGCUGACGGUCGUGCAUCUGCAGCGUCCCAAUGCACGGUCGCAGGGGCCGGAGAAGAUUGCCAACAUGGAUCCGCGCAUAUUUCAUGUAAUCAUACCGGGCGCCACAGAGCGUAAGCUGUCACGCCAUCUAACAGUGAAUGGAAGCUUCGAUCUGUUUGUGGUGUGGACGCAGUCCUCGCAGAACGAGGUGUAUCCCUGGCGACCCACGGUCAGAGAUCAGGAUCGUGCCAACAUUCAUGUGUUCAAAAUUAAGGGUUUGCAGCUGGAAUCGAUGGCCUACUGCUGGUCGGAAAACGAUCCACUAUGCGUGGACUUUCUGCGAAGCAGCGAGAGCCAGAUCAUCACGUUGGAACAGAAAGUAUCGCGCAAGGGUGAAAUCAGCGCCGAGAUUUGUUCCUAUGAGCUGGCCACAGGGAAGAUGCAACGCACCGCGAUUACCUCCAUUCCUAUGGGCGCUCAGAUCUGCUCUUUCGCCUUCAGCCCCGACCAGGAGAAGCUCUUCUUGGGUAGCAUUGAUCAAAACAUUUGCCUGCACGAUCUCGUCCUGCAGACCACCAAGUACGUGAAUCAAAUCGAGAUUGUGCCCCACCAGUGUGCCUGGCACUGUGACUCCGCCAUGCUCUGCGUGGCCAAUGAGCGAUCUGUGCUGCAGUGCUUCGACCUGGCUUUGGCUACAAUUGGCCAUCAGUUGGUCAGCGAGAAUGUGACGCCACUGAGCCUGCUGGACCUUUCGCACUACUUUGUGGCACAGCCUACGCUGCUGAACAUUGCCUUUAGUCGGAAGCCAGAUUUGGGGAGCUUUACGCACACCUAUGCCCAGACAGAUUGCUUGCUUCUGCUGAUCUACGAUCAGGGGCCGCUGGCCUGUAUGCGCACCUUUGGUGGGGCUGGCAUGCGAGGCGAUAUACACAACUCCGGACUCACCGCGGACGUCAUAGCGGAUAAGUACUUGCGACUGCAGCAGCCGGACCGAGCCGUGAAUGUCCUGGCAGCUCUUAACUGGGAAACCUAUGGAGCCAUGUGCCUGAUAACCCUUCACAAAAUAGCCAACUAUGUGUUUUUCGGCGGCGAUCAACGGCGGCCGCGGAUAGAGCUAAUGGCCAGAGCUUUAAAAACCUUCGCACACACGCUGUCCGAGGAAACGAAGGACGAAUUUAGUGAUCAGGUGUACGAUCUGAAGCGACGCUUUUGCUUCUUUCUGCUGCGCAAAAAUCUGUUUGCCGAGGCCUUCGAAAUCGCCCAGGAUGUGGCGGACUAUGAUCUGUUUAUGGAUCUGUACAAUCUAACCAAGUGCAUUACCAGUCUGGGCGAAUUCGCUCAGGUGUCGUUCAGUCAGGCCGCUGCCAUAAUCCAUGAGGAAGACCGUGCCAAUGGCAAUCUCAGCUUGACCUGUGAUCUGCGCUCUGAAUCCGCUUGCUCCCAGUCGACCUGCUCUGAGCUGUUGCGCACGGGCCAGGGUCAGCAAAACCAGCAGCAGGCCCUAAAGAAUUAUGUGCCACCUCUGCCAUCGUUUAAGUCGAAAGUGUUCAAUGCAGAGAUGAUCAAGAUCAACAUACCUAAGCCCGAGCUAAGGCCCCCACUGCCCAAGCUAAGCAUUGCAGCACAUCCUCCAACUACAUCUUUGGCGGGUCUAUCCUUGAAGAGCGGUAGCCAUCUGCAGACACCAGUGAAAAGCACCCAUUCAAAUGGCAAUGUUUGGUCCCAGGAUGUGCCAGAUCAAACGGUAGGCCUACCCAUGACCAGCAGCCCGCCGCCCCGUCCUCAGCCUCCUCCAGCCAUCCCUGAACAGAGCUCACAACUGGGUCUAUUCAAUGCACCACCCCCAGCGGCGGCUUACCAGCCCAAGUUCUACCAACAUCCACUUGUGUCUGGCAACAUACCCGCCAUGCUGCCCACGGUGUCCAGUGAAGAAUAUCAGAAGCGCUUGCUGCUCAAGAAACCAACAGCCUCUAUACUGUCUAAUCCGGCUGCCGCGCCUGUCAACGGCGAAGCGGUCACGCCCAGUGCCAAGUCUCAAACGGCUGAGAAGAACAAAGUCAAGUUCUCGGAUACAAUCCAAGUGGCAGUGGUCCCGGAGAUUCCUCGCAAGGAAAAACCAAUGCCGCCGAAGCGAAAUGGAUACUCCAGACCGGUAGCACGACAUCUGACUAAUCCGAAAAAGGAGCUGGCCGACAGCCUGCCACUGUGUCAUCCCCAUGAUGAUUAUUUAAAGGAUUUCAAUCCGAUCAACACAAAUGUGACCAAGCCUCCGGCGCGUCGCCGCGAGGAUGAUCCGAAGCAGAGCAGCAGUAAAAAUGCCAACUCUUCCUCAUCGUCCUCCAUCAAGGUGGUCCACUUUGGUGUGGUCUAAUUGAAUAAUUCAUAGUGCAAUUGCUAAGUUUAUACCUUUUUGGCUUAGAGCUUCCGUCUUCCAUUCAUUUGUAACUACUGCCGUCCAACUUAGUGCAAAGCUUUAAAUAGGAAAGUUUUUUAUGCAUAGGUUCUCUCUAUACUCUAUACACACACAGGUUAUUCAUUAAAUCUUAGCAUUAAAUGUUUGCCAAAUUG